AUGGAAGUGCAGAGGACCACGAUCAUCUUCUUAGCCCUUUGGUUACUUAAUUAUCUGAAUCCGCUAGAUGUUGCUGGAGUUCAAAUUAUUUCUAAAUCAAGGCUCGAGAAGUGUGAGAAAAACUCCAACUCCGACGAUCUCAACUGCACUAUGAAAAUCGUUGUGAACAUGGCUGUUCCAAGUGGCUCGAGUGGAGGAGAAGCCUCAAUUGUUGCGGAAAUUGUAGAGGUGGAGGAAAAUUCAACUAACAAGGUGCAGACAUUGCGAAUACCACCAGUCAUAACAGUCAACAAAUCUGCUGCUUAUGCUUUGUAUGAAUUAACAUAUAUACGGGAUGUUCCAUAUAAACCAGAGGAGUAUUAUGUUAAGACGCGGAAGUGUGAGCCAGAUGCUGGUGAAGAAGUUGUAAAGAUAUGCGCGAGGCUGCGAGACGAUGAGGGUCAUGUUAUCGAGAAAACUCAGCCCAUUUGCUGCCCAUGUGGGCCUCAACGUCGGAUGCCUUCAUCAUGUGGAAACUUUUUUGACAAACUGACAAAAGGAAAGGCCAACACUGCACAUUGCGUGCGUUUUCCGGGCGAAUGGCAAGUUCAUGUUUUCAGCAUUGGGCGCCGGACAUUGGGAUUUAGUGUUCUGAUACAGGUGAAGACUGGAACAAAAGUUUCGGAAGUGGUUGUGGGUCCUGAGAAUAGAACAGUGACAUCUGAUGGUAACUUUUUGAGGGUUAAUCUUAUUGGAGAUUUUGUGGGAUACACAAAUAUACCUUCUUUUGAGGAUUUCUAUCUUGUUGUUCCAAGGCAGGGAGGCCCUGGUCAACCACAGGAUUUGGGGAGAAACUUUUCUGCAUGGAUGCUGCUAGAGAGAGUGAGGUUUACCUUAGAUGGUCUUGAAUGUAACAAAAUUGGUGUCAGUUAUGAAGCUUUCAAUGGACAGCCAAACUUUUGCUCUUCACCAUUUUGGAGUUGCCUGCAUAAUCAAUUGUGGAACUUUCGGGAGGCUGACCUAAACAGAAUCAAUAGGAAUCAGGUUCCACUCUAUGGCGUGGAAGGAAGGUUUGAAAGGAUAAACCAGCAUCCAAAUGCAGGGACCCAUUCUUUCUCCAUAGGAAUCACGGAAGUUCUUAAUACAAACCUUGUGUUAGUAAGUGCCAAUGACGUAGAAUAUGUCUACCAAAGGAGCCCUGGAAAAAUUUUAAGUGUCAGCGUCCCUACAUUUGAAGCUUUAACUCAAUCUGGAGUUGCAACCAUCACCACUAAGAAUACUGGUGAGGUGGAAGCAUCAUAUAGUUGA